GUUCGCUAAACCACAAUGGCGCCCCCCUCGCCCCGCCAUCCGCCCCCGCCCCCUGCUGGCUGGCUGGCUGCUAUAAAAGGGUACCCGGUACCUCGCACGCUCACGCUUCUGCAUCGGACAAACAUCCCGACGUCCUCCCAGUGCAGAACGCUUCCAGACAUGGCAAAAGUUUUCAAGAAGACGAGCGGCAAUGGCGGCCUCACGCUCUACCUGGGAAAGAGAGACUACGUGGACCACGUCAGCAGCGUGGACACACUCGACGGCGUCGUCAAGUUGGACACCUCGAACUUCGGAGACAGAAAAGUGUUCGUGCAGCUUUCGUGCGCCUUCCGCUACGGCAGCGUAGACCUGGACGUGAUGGGCUUGUGCUUCCGCAAGGACAUCUGGGUCCAGCACGUUCAGAUCUACCCGGACGACCACAAGCCGGCGCUCGGCGACAUGCACGAUACGCUCCUGAAGAAGGCGGGAGAGGACGCCCGCGCCUUCACCUUCCAAAUUCCCAACAACCUCCCGUGUUCCGUGUCGCUGCAGCCGGGCCCCGACGACAACGGGAAGGCUUGCGGUGUGGACUUUGAGGUGAAGACCUACCUCGCCAACAACAAGUCCAACCCCGACGAAAAGAUCGAGAAGAAGGACACGGCGCGCCUCAUCGUGCGGAAAAUCCAGUACGCGCCGUCUGAGGUGGGCGCCGGGCCCAAGGCGGAAAUCUGCAAGAGCUUCAUGAUGUCGGACAAGCCCGUGCACCUGGAGGUGUCUCUGGAGAAAGACCUCUACUUCCACGGCGAACCCAUCCCCGUCCAGUUCAAGAUCAACAACGAGAGCAACAAAACGGUGAAGAAGAUUCAAAUUUCGGUGGACCAAACCACCGACAUCGUCCUCUACUCGGCUGACAAGUACACCAAGUGCGUCUUCUCCAAGGAGUUCGGCGAGACGGUGGAGGCCGGCGGAACCUUGGAGAACUCGCUGAUCAUCGUGCCGCUGCUGGCCGACAACAUGGAGAAGCGAGGCCUGGCGCUGGACGGACGCCUCAAGGACGAGGACACCAACCUGGCCUCCUCCGCCAUGUUGCGCCCGGGUGUUGAGAAGGAAGUUCUGGGGAUUCUGGUGUCCUACAAGAUCAAGGUCAACCUGAUGGUGGCCGGAGGAGGCCUGCUGGGAGGACUCACUUCCAGCGACGUCACCGCCGAGGUGCCGCUCAUGCUCAUGCACCCCAAACCGGAAGGUGACGUCACACGCGCGCAUUUACUGUCCCGUCAAAUUAAACCGCUGGCAACAAAGGUGAGGACACCUCGAAGGGAAAGUGUCCCAAUUGGGCGCAAAGUGGCCAUAUGCCGUUGUGAUGACGCGCCGUUGAACACACCUGAGACCUUGGGCCCACUUUGGACAUUUUCACUUUGGCGUGUGCGCACUUUUGCAUGUAUGGCUGUGUGUGUCGACUUAUUCGGAGCUGCGCAAUUUAGCGUCAUGUCUUUUCUUCAGCGUUGUCCCUCAAAAAGUGAGAAAAUCUUGACAAACAUGCCAAGGGGCGUGCUGAUGUUUGUGUGCCAGUUUAUGUGUCAUAAGUCACGCUGCUCUUCCUCUCUCCUCGUCCUCCUCGUGGCCCGAUCAGACUAAAGGCUGCGCUUCCGUGUAAGUAUGUACGUGGCGCGACGGUGGACGCUUUUGAACGGUUCUCACAUGUCGCAAACGUUGGCGCCUUCAGAGAGGACGUCGGCCCGCAGGUGGACACAAACGCAGGCGGGAAGCGAUGUCACGCGGCGACAAGAAACGACCCCAGGGAGCAACAGCUGAGGAACGCGAUUCUUUUCACGCGUACUCUUUUCCUUUCACUGUAUGUUUCUGCCUGGUCUUGUCAAAUUAAACAUUUAAACAUGUUAGGUUCUA